AGAGAUAGUAAAAGAUUAUUGUAUUUUACUUUUACCUAAUGAAUUGUGACGGGAAGUUAACCUAGCCGCUUUGGUCUACGGAGUUUUCGCUCCAAUUGCAAGGGACUGUAAAUACAUAGCAGUCAGAAUUUACUGAUAGUACAAAGUGAUUUUGUCUAAAGAUGGGUCAACAAGUCUCUCGGACGGAUUUCGAGUGGGUAUAUACCGAGGAGCCGCACGCAUCACGUCGAAAAAUAAUUCUUGAAAAAUACCCACAAAUAAAAAAACUUUAUGGCUGUGAUCCGAAGUUUAAGUGGAUUGCUGGAGGCAUGGUAUUGAUACAGAUACUGUCAUUGUUUAUCGUGAAAGACCUUUCCUGGCCGAUGUUACUUGUGACAGCAUAUUGCUUCGGGGGUGUAAUCAACCACUCUCUCAUGCUUGCUGUACACGAAAUUUCCCACAACUUGGCCUUUGGAUUUAGCCGGCCCAUGUAUAAUCGUAUAUUAGGAUUUAUUUGUAAUCUACCAAUUGGACUGCCCAUGUCCAUAUCAUUUCGAAAGUACCAUUUGGAGCAUCACAGAUAUCAAGGAAAUGAGGUAGUCGACACGGAUAUCCCAACUUUGGUGGAAGCAAAACUAUUCGAUACCACCUUCGGAAAGUUUUUAUGGGUUUGUCUGCAGCCGUUCUUUUAUAUAUUCCGACCUCUUAUUAUAAACCCGAAACCGCCAACGCGGCUGGAAAUAGUUAAUACUGUUAUACAGCUAAUAUUUAACGCUUUGGUUGUCUACUACUUCGGAUGGAAGGCUAUGGCAUAUCUUGUCUUAGGCUCGAUUCUGGCCAUGGGAUUGCACCCAGUAGCCGGACACUUUAUAUCCGAACAUUAUAUGUUUGCCAAAGGCUUUGAAACAUAUUCCUAUUACGGUCCUCUCAACUGGAUAACUUUCAAUGUUGGUUAUCACAAUGAACACCACGAUUUUCCCGCUGUUCCCGGGUCACGGCUGCCGGAGGUUAAGAAAAUUGCCCCCGAAUUCUACGACACCAUGCCACAGCACACCAGUUGGGUGCGUGUGUUGUACGAUUUUAUUAUGGAUCCUUCUAUUGGGCCAUAUGCAAGAGUAAAACGUCACCAAACAGGCCUCAGAACGUAAAACUAAAUAUUAUUUGCAUAAAUUAUAUUUUAGCACGUAAGCGAAAAGGUAAAAAAUCUCAACAUAUUUUUACAACACAUGUGCUAUUAUUUUACCGUCAAUAAAUUGAAUCCACACCAAAAUAAGGUUGCCGGAAAAUACCUUAAACUUAACGCAACAUGUAUUUCUGUACAGAAUUAAAAACUUGAUAAUUGUUCCUAUUUUAUUCAAUAUGCAAAAAAAAACUAUUGUUUUCAUUGUACUGCAUUUGAAUGAAUCGGAAGAAACGCUUAAUAUAUACAUUAAAUUUCUAUUUAUAACGCAGAAACAAUGUACCUCAAAAUAAAUGUAUGAAAUAAUAUAUGUACGUGCAUAUGAAUAAAACCCAAUAAAAAUCUUAAUAUAAGUAUGUAUUUUGAAA